ACUCGAGAGGAGUGUGUGCGGGCGAUCGACACCUGCGAGGUGUUUUGUAACUCCGAUCUCGCUUCCGGGCCUAUAACAGAUCCUCUGGAAUCUGACGCAACCCUUUCCUGCACUCGUCGCUGCCGCCUGAUUGUUGAACCGCCAUGGAUCCUACUGAAGCAUCUACACACCAGCUUCCCCAUUUCGUCGAGGAAUACAAAGCGCUGUUGAGCAACAAACGACGUAUGGCUGAUUAUACAGAAGAAGAGCUUGCGACAAUCUUUGCAAAGAACUAUGCCAAUUUCGGUUCAGAGUCCCGAACAGAUCUUCACUCUACCGAUCGUGAAUGGUUCGAAUUGAGCCACUUGCUGCAGGUUGCGUUCAAUGCCAACAAUGGUUCAAUGUGGCAACACCAACGGAGGGAAUUCAACAACGUUGAUGCCAACGGAAUUCUCUUAUAUCAAUUUGCGGUUUACCUAGACACGUUUCUCUCAGAAAAGGUCUCCUGGAGGUUCGGAGGAGUCUCCGAAGAGGACAUUUGUGUUAAUGGCCGUUUAUUUCACUGGAGAGGGUUACGCAGAACGCUGUAUUCUUUAUCAAGACAAGGUUUCAUCGAAGGUUCACUACAUGGAAGACCGAUUUCGCAUGUCUAACAAAGGCGAAAGGCUUCAAUUUGCAUUCGAACUGUACAAUCUGGCAUCUUACCUGGAGGGAGAAAACGAUGAUAGAUUUGCAGGCGUGGCUUCCAAGGUCGAAGAUCUCAACACCAGCAUUCGAAAUCAGAAAUGGCCGCGGUUCAA